ACUCCUUUUGUAAGCAGAUAAGACCUGCCUUAUAAGCACUUUCUGGCUGUAAACAGCUUCCUGGGUAGCUCUGGUACAAAGCUCUCUGAGAUGGCACUCUGGGAGGCGAUCCUGUGUGCCCUCUUAGCGGCCGCUUUCGGUGGGCUUUACCUGGCAGGGGCAUUCCGCAAGCGGAGAGCCAACGAGCCCCCCUUGGAGAAAGGAUUAAUCCCCUGGCUCGGACAUGCCCUGGCAUUCAGGAGCGAUGGUGUGGACUUCUUGCGAAAGAUGCAGAAGAAACACGGGGAUAUUUUCACCGUGCUGCUCGGCGGCUACCACUUCACUUUCCUGAUGGACCCUCUCUCUUUCGGGGCCGUGGUGAAAGAAGCGAGAGCCAAGCUGGACUUCAAUGAAUUUGCGGAAGAACUGGUAGAGAAAGUGUUUGGAUAUCAGCCCUCUUCAUUGAGCCACAAGAUCAUGGACAGUGCCAGCACAAAGCACCUCAAAGGGAACGGGCUCGUGGUGAUGACUCAGGCGAUGAUGGACGGCUUACAAACGGUGAUGCUACACAGCCUAGGCUCGGCCGAAGGGGGAAGACCCUGGGAACAAGAUGGGCUCUUCCACUUUUGCUACAACACGGUCUUUAGAGCUGGAUACCUGGCUUUGUACGGGAACGAGCCUCGUAAAGGUGAAAACGGCCUCCCAGGGGGCGAGAAGGACGACCUACGGCACUCUGAAGAGGUGUACGAAGAAUUCCGGAAAUACGACAAACUCUUCCCACGCUUGGCCACCUCUACGCUGUCCUAUGGAAAGAAGCGGGAAGCCGAACGCUUGAAGAGACUAUUCUGGGGCCUCCUCUCCGUAAAUAACGUGCACCAGAAGGACAACAUCAGUGGGUGGGUGAGGGAACAGGAGCAGCAGCUCGCUGAGGAGGGGAUGCCCGAAUACAUGCGGGACAGGUUUAUGUUUUUGCUUCUCUGGGCCGCCCAAGGAAACACCGGCCCAGCAUCCUUCUGGCUCCUUCUACACCUUAUGAAAAACCCAAAGGCGAUGGAAGACGUGAGGAAAGAGGUGGACAGGGUGCUGAGGGAAUCGGGACAGGAGGUAAAGCCGGGUGGGGCGGUGAUUAAUGUCACCAAGGAGAUGCUAACCGACACCCCUGUCUUGGACAGUGCCGUGGAGGAGACUCUGAGGUUGGCCGCCGCCCCUCUGCUGAUCAGGGCCGUGAAGGAGGACAUGAAGCUCAAGAUGAGCGACGGGCGGGAAUACGCCGUGCGCAAAGGAGACCGGAUCGGGAUCUUCCCCUACCUGUCGGCGCACAUGGAUCCGGAGAUCCACCCCGAGCCUCAUGUCUUCAGAUACGACCGCUUCCUGAACCAAAACGGCGUCAAAAAGGAAUUCUAUAAGAACGGCGAAAAGGUGAAGUAUUUCACCAUGCCCUGGGGGGCGGGGACCUCCAUGUGCCCUGGACGCUUCUUUGCCGUCAACGAGAUGAAGCUUUUCGUCUUUCUGAUGCUCACCUACUUUGAGCUGCAGUUGGUUAACCAAGACGUGGAGGUCCCUCCUCUGGAGAAGACCCGCUAUGGGUUUGGCGUGAUGCAGCCUACGUAUGACGUCCAGUUUAGGUACCGGCUACGAUACUGAGUGGCGGGGCCAAGUUUCCGGCCUGGCUGCCCAAGUGACUGGGCAAAAUGAGGAGGGGACCGAUACAUGGCCGGGGCUUGAUUCUCUCUCAGUGACACGAGAGGUGAGCCACGAGCGUCACUUUCUGGGCUUGUGAUUGUAGGACAGGCCAAGGCGGUGACUCCCUUGAGGUGACAAAAUUCCUUGAAGUGGUCCUGUUGACUGAAGAAGACCAGUGCUGAGGGGGAAAAGGGGAUAGUGCUGAUCUGGGGGGACAGCCAGACGCGGCGGUCCGUGAGGUAAAAAUUUC